GCACCCUAGAAAGAAACAUCAAACAGAUCAACAUGCUGAAAGAAGUUUGUUUUCUGCUUUUGGCUACAUAUGUGGCUGCCACUUAUAACACUGGCUAUCCUUCAAUUCCUUCAUACCCAUCCUAUCCCAGCUACCCUCCCAGUGGUGGAUACAGGUAUAUAGUGUACAUCCAAUACCUCUACUACCUGUACGUUAUUUACGGACCCAAUUCCGUCCAGUAUCUCCAAUACUACCGAUACUUGGUCCGACUUCAUAUCAUUCCUCAGGGAUUCAACUUCGCACGUGGUGGUUUCCCAGGUGGUAUCGGUGGUUUCCCUGGCGGUAUUGGUAGAUUGCCGGGUGGCAGUGGUGGUUUUCCAGGUGGUAUUGGUGGUCUCCCUGGCGGAAUUGGUGGAUUCCCGGGUGGCAGUGGUGGUUUCCCCGGCGGUAUCGGUGGAUUCCCGGGUGGUAGUGGUGGUUUCCCUGGCGGUAUUGGUGGUGGAAGUCAAAUCAUAGGGGGUGGUAGCGGUAUAAUCCCUAUCGGAGGAGGAUCUAUCCCAAGUGGCGGAUUCCCCUAUGGAGGUGGAAAUCUAGCUGGUGGCCAGCCCCUUGGUGGCGUUGGAGGAGGAUUCCCUUCUGGUGGUAGUGGAUUUCCUCUCAGUAGCGGAGGAAGCUCUUUCAGUGUCUCCAGUGGUAGUUCCUUCCAAAGCAGCGGUCUUGGAGGUGGCUUUGGAAGUGGCCUGGGAGGCAGUUUAGGUGGUGGAUUAGGAGGUCUCAGCGGUAAUCUGGGAGGUAUUGGCAGUGGGCUAGGAGGUCUUGGCGGAGGUCUAGGAGGUGGAUUUGAUGGCCUUGGAAGCGGUAUCGGCGGAGGAUUAGGAGGAGGUCUGGGUGGUGGCCUUGGCGGUGGAUUCGGAGGAAGAAAAAAGCUUGGCUAUUACUGAACUCUCUUCUGACUGACCAAAAUGGAUUUCCUGCUGGAUGUUGAUUUUAUUGUAUCAUGAUAUAUUUGUUUGGUUAAGAAAUAAACAGAGGAUGCAAAU